CUCCCAGGAGUGAUGGGGAAUAGCCCGAGCGUGCCAGAGGAAGCUGAGGAUGACAAUACCUGCACAGUGAAGAGUUACAAGCCUCACUUCGAGUCUCCUGAUGGUGUCCAAAAUGGAUCUGUUGUGUUUGUUCAGAACGCUCCCCUGGCAGUGAAUGGUGAAGCGGCUGCCAAGGCGGGUGCGGGCCGGGAUAAUGCKGCCGAUUCUUGGGCGGACACAAAGGAGCCGAUCCCCGGCGGGCAGAGCCCCGGGAGCGCUGCCAGAGCCCGCGCCGUGCUCGCCUUCCCCCGGGCUGCACCGGGGCGUUGUGAGGAGCCGGGCCCGGCCCUGCCAGCCCCCUCAGCCGGGCCAGCGUCCCCACACGGAGCCCUGCAGAGCCUGGGGGACGGGGAGCUGCCGGGAACAGCSCAGGGACAGCAUGAGGCCAGCUCCAAGCCCAGAGAAGUGACCCUGCUCGACAGGAUCUUCAGGCUGGACAAGGGCGCGGAGAGGAUCCAGCCAGAGGGUGACCCUCAGCAGCCUCAGCCCUCAGACCUUCCCAACGGGAGCAUCGCGGCCGCUCCGCACCGCCAGGAGAUAGAUGAGUGCAGCCAGAAGGACCUUGGGCAGGACUCUGCAGGUGUCCAGGGAGAGCAGGACAGUCCCCAGGCAGCUGCAGGACACGGCUCAGUCAUGAGCUUCCUCAAAACACUGGUSUCCCCAAGCAAAGCUGAAGCCAAAAGUGAUUCUGAGGACAAGGGCUCCAGAGUGGACAARGCCCAUGGGGGGCAGCCUGCCCCGAAGGCAGCGGCAGAAUCCCCCUCCAAAGGAGCCAAAAAGAAGAAAGCAGAGAGCCCCAAGCUGGGCCACGGCACAUUUAGCAAACUCUUUAGGCACAAGGCUGYGAAAGAAACCCAACAGACAACCAACACCAAAAGCCCUGAGCAGCCUCCCAUUCCCUCUGUGAAAUCAGACAGAAACCUCCCUGCCUCCCAAGAGCCGCCAGCGAAGCAGAACCCAAAAGCCCCRGAGGUUGUGGCCCCUCCUCAGGGAGUGACCACUGAACCCCCCCGGGAGGCCACCAAGGACAAGGGCUCGGCCACUCCCCUGCCCCUGAGCAAGCUCUUCUGGAAAAAGAACUCCUCAGAAGAAGCAGAAGCUGUGAGCAAUGAGAAGGCAGAGGCGGCUCCCGAGGCAGCAGUGCCCGACAGGGACGAGAGCAGGAGCAUGGAAACGGCCGAGCUGAAACCACGAGGACCAGAGAGCAAAACCCCCAAGGCCAAUCUGAGGAAGUUUUUUAAGCUGUCAGUCAAGGGGGAUGGAGGGACACCCCGUUCAGAGGAGGGGAAUGGCCCCAGCCCCAGCCACCACACCCUGAAUGCCACGGAAAAGCCCCUUGCCCCAUCUGACAGCGACCCUGGGGGCCAGAGGAGCAAGGAGGGCUCCAAGGACAGAAAAUUCACGCUGGAACUGGGCAAGAAGAGCAGCAAGGAGAGCAGGGAGCAGCCCGAGCCUCGGGAGCCACUGGCCACCGACCCCUACUCCGUCCACAACGGCAGCGACCCCGCCAAGGACCCUCCCUGCAAGAAGGCUGAGAAAAGGCAGUCCCUGGGAGGCUUUUUCAAGGGNNAGGGUUCCAAAAGGACGUCGGACGCAGAAGUGCAGACAGACCCCGUGUCCAUCGUCCCCGCUGGGAAAUCCAAGUAGUGCCCAGCCCGGGCUGCUGAAGGGGCUCAGCAGCUCUCUGGGAACUCCUGGCACUGGGAAUGGCUCCUUUUCCUUCUCCUGGCUGUCACCACCACGAGGCUGAAGCACACCCUGGGGUUCCAGUGGUGGAUCAUUGGGGGGUGUUCCUUGCGUGUUAGAAAGCGGCUCUGAAGGUGCCCAAGCCAAGUUUAGGGGAAAGGGGAUGGGGAUGGUUUGGGGGUUGUUCCUUGCUUGUUAAAAAGUGACUCUGAAGGUCUCCAAACCAUGUUUAGGGAAAAGGGGAUGGGGAUGGUUUGGGGGUUGUUCCUUGUGUGUUAAAAAGCAGCUCUGAAGAUCUCCAGGCCAACUUUAGGGGAAAGGGGAUGGGGAUGGUUUGAGGGUUGUUCCUUGCGUGUUAGAAAGCAGCUCUGAAGGUGCCCAAGCCAUAUUUAUGGAAAAGGAGAUGGGGAUGGUUUG